UUGCUCUAAACUCUUCUUUCUGCUGUCGUCUCCCCCUUCACUCUUCACUUUCACUCGUUAACAUGGAACCCGAAGAAGCCGCCGCCGCAACCGCUCUCGACGCCGACGGAAGCGGCGACGAGGGGUUGCUAGGUUUAGGUGGCGGCGGCGGCGGUAGGGACCGAGUGAAGGGUCCUUGGUCGCCGGAAGAGGACGCUAUUCUGAGCCGGCUCGUGAGUAAGUUCGGCGCCAGAAACUGGAGCCUCAUCGCACGCGGGAUCGCCGGAAGAUCCGGCAAGUCGUGCCGGCUUCGGUGGUGCAACCAGCUCGACCCCGCCGUUAAGCGCAAGCCCUUCACUGAUGAGGAGGAUCGGAUCAUAGUUGCUGCUCAUGCAAUCCACGGGAACAAAUGGGCAGCCAUUGCCAGGCUUCUACCCGGAAGAACAGAUAAUGCCAUUAAGAACCACUGGAAUUCUACUUUGAGGCGUCGGGGAGUUGAGCUUGAUAAGAUUAAAUUAGAAUCUGGUAACCUAGGGGAAGAUAUUAGCUUGGACAAAGCCAAAGCAUCAUCAGAAGAUACUUUAUCAUGUGGGGAUGUUAAUUCUUUGAAAUCCUCAGAAGGAAGAGAUGUCAGUUCUGGGGAGAUCAUGGAUGAUAAAUUUGAAGACAAAGCACAAACUGAGGGUCAACUACACCAUGAAGUUAGGGAUCCACCUACCCUUUUCCGGCCAGUAGCACGUGUAAGUGCUUUUAGUGUAUAUCACUCUUAUGAUGGUUUGCAGCCUUCAACAUCAAUUCAAAGACCUGUUCCGAUGCAAGGAUCCAUUUUACAAUCAUCAAAACCAGAUAUGGAAUUCUGUAAAAUGCUUGAAGGAAUUUAUAGUGACCAGCCAGUGCCUCACCAGUGUGGCCAUGGUUGCUGUGCUACUCCAAAGUCCAAAAGCUCCUUGUUGGGACCAGAAUUUGUCGAAUUUUCAGAACCCCCAUCUUUCCCUAAUUUUGAGUUAGCUGCAAUAGCUGCAGACAUUAGUAACCUCGCUUGGCUUAAAAGUGGAUUGGAGAAUAGUAGUGUCAAAAUGAUGGGCGACACCUCUGGCAGGGUAAUAUCUAAUGGAUCUCAAGUACAUAUUGGCCAUUAGAGUGCCAAUAUAUUAUCAUAGUGAAUGACAAUCUAUUCUGAGUGAGAAUAUAGUGACGUGAUGACAAUCUAUUUUCCUUGCAAAUGUAAUUAGGCAACCAAAGUUGUAGGGUGUGGAGCCUUGUGAAUCACUGCAAUAAUGUAAUUAAAUGGAUUCACUUAGUAAUAGUAGAAUGUGGGUUCAUGAGUUCAAGGAAAUUGUUUUUUUUUCCGGUGUUGACUCAUUAGGACUUGAUUUGGAAACCUGUAAUUGCUAACAUAUGGUUGUUGUAGAGCAGAGGGACUG